UGUGCUCUGAAUCUGCAGGGAUUACACUUUGUCACUGCUGCAGGGAUUACACUUCCCAUUUUUUUGUUAGAAUAAUGCUUCUGAUCAAUUUCUUAUGCUGGUUGCUCAUAGUAGUAGAUGUCGAUGCAGUCCAUGGCGGAGUAGACCUUAAAAUUUGCAGAGAAGCAAGAUGUAAACCGGACGGCCCAGCCAUCCGAUUCCCAUUUCGACUUAAAGGUAAGCAGCCAAUCCAUUGCGGUUACCAUGGCUUUGAUCUAUCAUGCACUAACGACAACCAGACUCUGCUCCAGAUGCCAUCUUCAUCUAGUAACCUCUUCGUUGAAAAGAUUAAGUACACAUCUCAGGAGAUUGAAAUAUAUUACCGCAAUGAUUACCCAUCGGGAAAUAUUUUCUACUUCAGUUUAUCUUCUUCUCCCUUACAAUUUGUGCCUGGACCAGAUAACUAUAAUUAUACGCUAUUUAGCUGUUCAUAUCCAAGGGAAAGGUAUGGUGCAUACACAAGCUCUUGUAUGAGGCAAUUGAGCCCUUACCACCUUGACAAUCAUGAAAACCAGACAUACGCUGUCAACGCUCUAUGUUCUGUUGAUAGACUGCCCCUAGAGUCUUGUACCAAGCUGCAUGACUAUACAUCAAUUCCAGACAUAUCAUCCCUUCCAAUGAAGUUGCAUUGGUCCAAACCAUCCUGUCGACAUUGCGAAGAGAAGGGCAUGAAAUGCAGAUCAAAGAUUAGUGAAUAUAGUCUUGCACAUGUUCAGACUGCAGAAAGCCAAUGUUUAGAUUUCCCUGAAGAUAGUAGCCGUAGAGGGACACGCAUAAAGAUAUCAGUUUGCACAGUUUCUGUGGCUCUUAUUGCAGUGGGGGCUCUCAUCAUCUUCCAUGUCUAUAUCUCCAACAAAACAGAGAAAACAAAUCAGUUGAGAAUUGAAAGAUUUUUGGAAGAUUACAUAGCUCAGAAGCCAAGCAGAUAUUCCUAUGCUGAUAUUAAGAGGAUAACAAAUCAAUUCAAGGACAAGUUGGGGCAAGGGGCCUAUGGAACAGUUUUUAAAGGGAAGCUUUCCUCUGAAUUGCUUGUUGCUGUGAAAAUCCUCAACAAUUCAAAUGAAAAUAACGGAGAAGAUUUUACAAAUGAAAUGGGAACAAUGGGUCGCGUGCACCAUGUCAAUGUGGUUCGCUUGGUUGGCUUUUGUGCUGAUGGGUUUAUACGAGCUCUUGUGUAUGAAUUCUUACCAAAUGGUUCAUUACAAAACUUUUUAUCAUCAGCAUAUAAUAAAAAUUCUUUCCUUGGUUGGGAUAAGUUGCAAGAUAUUGCUUUAGGUAUUGCCAAAGGAAUUGAGUAUCUUCACCAAGGGUGUGACCACCGAAUCCUCCACUUCGACAUCAAACCCCAUAACAUUUUGCUGGACCAGAAUUUCACUCCGAAAGUUUCCGAUUUUGGUCUAGCCAAGUUAUGCGCAAGGGAUCAAAGCGCAAUAUCCAUGACAACCGUCAGGGGAACCAUGGGCUACAUUGCACCCGAAGUGUUCUCUAGGAACUUCGGUAGUGUGUCCUACAAGUCAGAUGUCUAUAGUUUCGGGACGUUGUUGCUGGAAAUGGUUGGUGGCAGAAAAAACUUUAAGGUCAUGGAGGACUCCGUCGACCAAGUCUACUUUCCGGAAUGGAUUUAUAACCUUUUAGAACAAGGAGACGACCUACGGAUCCAUAUUGAGGAUGAAGGAGAUGCUAAAAUUGCAAAGAAACUUGCCAUUGUGGGUCUAUGGUGCGUCCAAUGGCACCCAAUAGAUCGUCCUCCAAUGAAAGUUGCAGUUCAAAUGUUAGAAAGAGAAGGUGACAAUCUAACCAUACCACCCAAUCCUUUCUGCUCUACUUCGAACUGAAUGAAUACAACUAUACUGUCUGCAAGGCAUCUGGACAUUUGCGUACCUCAAGAGUUCUACCAGUCACCAUGAUUUGAUAUGAGAUCAUGCACUGUAAUAUUACAUAACAUAUGGUGUUGAAUAUCGUAGUAUAUGCUAAGUGUUUGGGUUUGAAUUUGUCAUGAGUCAAAUUGUAGUAUGGCUAAGUGUUUGAAGUUGAUGUAUCAUUUCCCAACUAUGAUUCCUUAAGUUUUGCUGCAACUAUGAUUCCAUAAUUCAUUCAAUUACUUUACAUUUUCCAUAA